AGUUGAUCGUACAUUGAUCCAGAUUUCAUCGUCAAUUUGACACGAAUUUAUUGGUUCAUAGGAAAAAUGCGAUAAUGUUCAUGAUGGUGUUCCAAUCAUAUUUGUUGGUGACGUGGAUGUCGUCGCUAAUGAGAGAUCUCAAGCUGAGAAAAUUGGCGCACGAACGUGUGUGGGUGCCGUACGACUACUCUUCCCUGAUCUUGUACGCGGUGACUUACUUUCAUGAAGCCAGCAGCUUAAUAGUACUUUCGUUGAUGCAUCUCGCUAACGAUACUCUGAUCAGUGGCCUGAUGGUACUCAUAAACGGUCAACUGGAGCUGCUGGAGCACCGUUUGCAAAAUAUUACGGGAGAUCACAGUCAAUCGGUGAAAGCUUGUGCUCGACACCACGAAUGUAUUUACCAAUUCGCAUCGAAAGUGAACAAACAGUUUCGAGGGAUUCUGGGCUUUCAGUUCAUGGCGAGUACAUCCAUGGCGUGCUUGACCCUUUUUCGAAUUACAAAUAUGGGUUUGGGAACGCAACUGUACGAGGCCGGCAUGUACAUAAUCUGUAUACUGAUGCAGCUGUCUUACUACUGUUGGUACGGGAACGAAGUUAAGCUGAAGAGCUUGGAAAUCCCCGAUAUGAUCUUCGAAAGCAACUGGAUGAAUUUAGACAACGAGACUAAGAAGGUUCUUCUAAUAAUUAUGCUACGAGGUACGUUCCCCAUGGAGUUCAGAAGCGCUCAUAUUAUGUCCGUGAAUUUGGAGUCGUUCAUGGUGUUGGUCAAGACAUCUUACUCGGUAUUUAAUCUGCUUCAACAGAGCCGAUAACGAUAGAACAGGGAUAGACCAUCGUUACGUUAGAACGAAAACGUAUGUUGCUAUUUUGUAGACAAGGAAAACAUGGUAGAGAGUUAGGAAAAGUAGCCGAGCGCUACUUUAAUGUACUACGGAAUGUGUACGCAGUAAAUUAAUCGGUCAGAAAAUGUAGUUUGCAUUCAUACAACCUACUCUUUGUGAAAUAAAUCUAUAGACGUCGAGAAUGACAAAUGUUACUACUUA